AAGCAACAUAUUUACAGACCAACACUUUUUGCUUGACUUGUAGAAGAUCUAUUUGAGUCAUUGUUCAGGAUAAAGACCAUACCUGUGCCUCAUCAUGGCAGGGAGCUCUUCGACAUUGCAUAAAGACAAGCUGUUUAAAGUUUUAGUCAUAGGGGAUACAGAUGUUGGAAAGAGCAGUAUUAUCUUGCGUUACGCUAGCAAACGCUUUGAUGAGAGAUACAAAUCCUCCAUAGGAGUUGACUUUUCUCUGAAAACAAUCGAAUGGGAUUGCAAUACAGUGGUGAGACUGCAGCUUUGGGAUAUUGCAGGUCAGGAGUGGUUCAAGAAGAUGUCCAGAGUGUACUACAAAGGUGCCAUGGGAGCACUUGUUGUUUUUGACAUAAGAAACAGCUCCACCUUGGAGGCUGCCUCAAAAUGGAAACAGGACCUAGAUAGCAAAGUGUGUCUGGAAAGCGGACGUCCGGUGCCUGCUGUCCUUGUGGCCAACAAAUGUGACCUGACAGGAAACGACAGCGAUGUGGCGGGCUCUCUGGACGGCUUCUGUAUUGACAACAGCUUCACGUGCUGGUUUAAGACUUCUGCAAAGGAAAAUGUAAAUAUUGAUGAGGCAUUUGCCGUCCUUGUCAAACAAAUGAUGCGGUGCGAUGUUGGCCUGUCUAAUGAAGAGGACGAUGGGGGCUUGGUCAAACUGAAUCUACCUCGUGAGGAGAGUAAGAGCCGGACACCGUGCUGCUGAAGACCAUGGCUCUGAUUCAAAGAGACACACAACAGUAGAUAGACAGUUUCAUAUUUUCGCCUUGUUAUGUUACACAAUAAGGUGUAGACAGUGUGGGCUGCCUCAUAAACACGUUUAUCUGAUAAUCCACUGACACUGUCAGGCUAAUAAAGCAAUCAGCACGAUACACAUCCUGCUGGGAGAGAGUCUGUGACUACCCGACACCAAGACUUGCUUGUGUUUGACCUACUGUAAUAAGGCCAAACACUAUAAGACACUAAGCACUGCCAUUCUCUCAGCUACACACAAACAGAAAGAGAAAGGGACAAAAUGUUGGUAAAAAUCCGGAAUAAAAUCUGUUAGAUACUCCCCAUUAAAAGACAACAAAUUCAAUCUGAGUGUUACUUGUGUGUUAUGCAACCCAUGCAUAUAAUUAUCUGUUAAUCACUUCACAGUGAGAUGAGCUGAGACCCAUGCAUAAGCAUCGCCGCUCCGCCUUGAUAUGGCCAAUAGCAGAGAAAAAGCUAUCAGCAUGACCUGAUUUUGGUGGAGGGAGAGAAUAUGUGAAAAUGCGCCACACUGCGACUGACACACACCACCCAGAGAGGACGGAGUGUGCUGAGCUGCAGGGAGUAGACUCCCUAUGCUGCCUCUAAUCAGUGAUGGACCAUAAGUAUCUAAAAGGAUGUUUACGGAUGUAUUUCUGUAUCAGUUCUGCAGCUUCAAGCAAUCAAUCAAUAUGUAUUUAUAUAGCACUAAAUUAUAAGAAAGGUUAGAUAACACUUUACAAAAACACAAGGCCCAGACUGUAUUCUUUGAUAUGAAAGACAUAAAUCCCCCAUUAAAAAGUUCUUUGUAACAGUGGCAAGUAAAAACAUACUUUUAACAAUCAAUCAAGUCAAUCCAUAUUUAUUUGUAUAGCGCCAGUGCAUAGCAAAUGUUACCUAAAGACUUUUUCCAAAAAAGAGCAGGUCUAGACCGUACUCUUUGUCAUAUUAUUUGCAGAGAUCCAACAUUAAUCCACCAUGAGCAAAGCCCUUGGCAGCAGUAAGGCGCUUAGUAGAGGUGGCAAGCAAAAACUUCCUCUUAACAGUCAGAAAACUCAAGCAGCACCGGCCUGGUGGUGAACAGCCGUCUGCUCUGACAGGUUGGGUUGAGAAAGUGUGAUUGAGGAAGAGAGACAUGAAUAUGACCAAACAAACAAACAGACAGACAGACAGAGAGAAAUACAUAUGGCAACAAAGCCACAACAGAUAACACAAACCUAUUGUCAGAUCUCCAACAUCAUUCCUAAAAUUAUCAAUAAUAUCAGCAAAUAAACUAAUAAGUUUUAUUUAAGCACUUUAUUGUAACUACUGAUAAAUGCAGAUAAGAAAAGUAAUAAUGUGUGACUCUGAAGCAGAAAAAAAACACAAUUUAGCAAUAAUAAGUACAAUACCUGUCCCUCAAAAUGUCACUGAAGCACACUCGGAAACAUUUCUUGGAAACAUAAACAUUUCUUCUAAAGAGCUUUUUUCAAGACAAGUUUACAGGAGCGAAAAUAACGUAACCUUAAUUGGAGAGCUUUAUCGUGUGGAUAUUUCUCUGGUGCUUUAAAAUGUAGAAAUGUGAAUUCACUUCAUUUGAGAUCCAUCCUCAUGUUGUCGACACUCUCCACUUCAUUCUGUUUUACAUAAGUCUGUGACACGUGUGCCCUUUGAGAUCUUUUCUUUGAGUUUCUGUUAUUUUUGUUGUCCUGACAUGUUUAUGUGUUCUAGUUAUUAAAAUGCUGUACUGUGUUGGCCAAAUA